GACCUGAUUGGUGAGCUAACUGUCAAGAUGUCGGAGCGUAUACCAGUGAUGAUGUUCAUGCGUGAAUGCGACGACUGGAUUUGCAACGAGCUUAUGAACAAUGCACAACGAGUGCGACGUAUCUACCGUUUCCAUAGCCGCGCGCUUCCGUCUCGUGUUCAGUGGGAGAACGUAUUCCUCAUGAAUAUUGGUGCCCAUAUCUUUUGA